AUGCCCAGGGGGGCGGGGGGAACGGGGGGACAUGGGGACCGGUGGUCAGCACCGCGACCCCUCAGGAACCCCGUCCUGGUGAGCGUGGUGCUCGGGGCCCACAACCUGCAGACCGAGGAGCCCACGCAGCAGAAGUUCAGCAUCGCCCGCCUGUUCGAGAACAACUACGACCAGGAGCAGAUUCUCAAUGACGUGCUGCUCCUGCAGCUGGACCGCCCGGCCACCCUCAAUGCCCAGGUAGCGGUAGCCCCUCUGCCCAAGCAGAACCAGGAGCUGCCCCAGGGCACCCAGUGCCUGGCCAUGGGCUGGGGCCGCCUGGGCACGCAGGAGCCACCGCCCAGUGUCCUGCAGGAGAUCAAUGUCACCGUGGUCACCUUCCUGUGCCGGACACAGAACGUGUGCACGCUGGUGCCGCGGCGCCGGGCCGGCAUCUGCUUUGGCGACUCUGGCGGGCCGCUGGUCUGCGACGGGCUGGUCCAGGGCAUCGACUCCUUCAUCCGCGGAGGCUGCGGCUCUGGCUUCUACCCCGACGCCUUCGCCCCCGUCGCGCAGUUUGCCAGCUGGAUCAACUCCAUCCUCCGCCGCCACGGGGACCCUCCGAGCGGGGCCCGCUAGGAAGGGCGGCCCGG